GCGGGAGAAUGAGGGGAGGGGGAGGGGAGUCAACAACAUCAACAACCAAUCGACCAGCGCACCAGUGGACCAUGUGCCUCGUUUGUCAGCGAAAGAAUAGUGAUUUCUUACUGUUUUAGUUUUAGUCCGGAACCGAAAUGUUUACUAAAUCGAAGCUUAAAGAAGUAUUUGAAGUAGAAAGCAAGUUUGGGGCUAUUUUUACCGGUGGCUCAGUGCAGUGGACCUCGGACGGCAAACUUCUUUUUUGUCAGUGUGGAUCAUCAAUCAAUCUAUUAGAUGUUGAUUCUGGACAAAUUGCUGGAUCUCUUGGGUGCACAGACGAUGAUGAUAUUACUGCUUCCGAUGACAUUGUGACGUCAUUUGCCCUGAGUGCUGAUGACCAACAUGUAGUCUCGAGCCACAAAAGUGGUCUAUUCCGACUGUGGCACAUCCCUGAAAGAAAAGUAAUAAAAUUAUGGAAAAGUGUACAUAAAGGUCCUGUUGCCAAACUUGCAUUGACAGCCAGUGGUACACUGUUAGCCAGUGGAGGUUCAGACUCUAGUGUUCGUCUCUGGGAUUUGGUCCAUCAAUCAUGUACCCACAACUUAAUAGGAGUGCAAGGUGUUAUCAGUGUGCUAACUUUCCAUCCUGAAAAAUCUCGGAAGCUUCUGUUGGGAGCUGCUGACGAUGCUACUAUUGUUGGAUGGGAUGUUGAGACAGGCAAACCAAGCCUCACCUUGAAAGGCCAUUUCAGCAGAGUGUGUGCAUUAACUAUCCACAAUGACAACAAUCAUGUUAUCAGUUGUGGACGUGAUAAAGUUGUCAUUUUGUGGAAUCUCAACGAGCAGUGUGCUGUGAGCACUAUUCCCCUGUAUGAAGGCCUAGAAGGUCUUGUUUUGCUUCCUAAAGGGAUUUCACUUCCAGGAAUUAAAAAUAAAGUAGCAAAUGAUAUGUGUGUAGCUGUUGCAGGGGAAAGAGGUGUUAUCCGAAUCUGGGAUUUGUCUGCUUCUAAAGAAAUUUUUGUCCAGACAAAUUCAUUAGUGUUGAAGGCUAAAGAGGAGGGUAGCUUAGCAAUUACUCAACUCCUUUGGAACCCUGACCGUAGUACUUUGGGAGUGGUUUCAGUGGACCACAAUAUUAUACUGCACAACAUAGAUACUUUUCAGUGUAUUAAACAGUUUGUUGGCUUUAGUGAUGAAAUUCUUGACAUUGGUUUCCUUGGUAAUGACGAUUCUCACAUGGCUGUUGCUACAAACAGUACUAAUGUAGCUCUGUAUCGUGUUUCCGAUAUGAGUUGCUCCUUAUUGCAAGGACAUACUGAUCUUGUUUUGGGACUUGCAACAUCAAAGGUCAAUCCUAAACUCCUUGUUUCUUGUGCAAAGGAUUACAGUGUGAGAGUAUGGUAUUUAACAGAUGAUGGAACCACAGCUAAAUGUGUUGGUCAUGGUCAACGUCACACUGCUGCUGUUGGUGCUGUUCACUUCGGCCAACUAUCUUGUGAGAUAUUUGCCUCAGCUGGUCAAGACAACUGCCUCAAAUUAUGGAAGCUACCCUCUAAAUUUUCUGAAGAUGUGCAGCCAGCUGUGCUAAAUGCAACUUGUACUCAAAUAGCACAUCAAAAAGACAUAAACAGUGUUUGUUUUUCACCCAAUGAUAAAUUGAUUGCAACUGGAUCUCAAGACAAAACAGCAAAGAUUUGGAGUGCAGAAGACCUUUCUCUUGUUGGUGUGCUACGAGGACACCGAAGGGGUGUAUGGUGUGUGAGGUUCUCCCCUGCAGAUCAAAUGUUGUUAACGACAUCUGCUGACUGCACCAUGCGACUUUGGUCUCUUCAAGAUUUAAGUUGUAUCAAGAGUUUUGAAGGCCAUGAUUCAUCAGUGGUACGAGGCGAAUUUUUAACAUCUGGUACACAAUUAGUCACAGGAGGUGCUGAUGGCUUACUUAAACUAUGGACAAUUAAAUCAGGGGAGUGCGUAUUUACUCUUGACGAGCACAAUGGACGAAUUUGGGCUUUAGCUGUAUCAGCAAAUGAGAGUUCCAUUGUGACUGGUGGAGCAGACUCUUUGUUGGUAAAAUGGAAAGAUGUUACCGCAGAAAAAAGAAAAGCAGCCAUUGAAGAAAGUGAAAAGCUUACAAUCCAAGAACAGCAGCUUUCUAAUCUAAUCAAUAAUAACGAACUUCUUAAAGCUCUUAAAUUAGCUCUAAGGCUUCAAAGACCCCACCAGUGUCUCACAUUAGUUCAAGGAAUUCUGAAAAAGGGUGACAUUCAAGGAUUGAGUGAAACUGUAUGCCAGCUCAGCCCAAGUCAACAAGAAGAUUUACUAAAGUAUGCAGUUCUAUGGAACUCAAAUGGGAAACACUGCUACACAGCUCAGGCACUAUUAUCUGUCCUGUUAGAAGAGAUAUCUUCUGGAAAAUUACGCUUGGAAGGUCUACGCAGUACUUUAGAGGGUCUCUUACCAUACACUGAUAGGCACUUGAGGCGACUUUCUGAACUUCAACAGGAUCUUCAUUUGCUAGCUUUCACUGCGAAUUGUAUGCAGCCUCAUGCUUCAUGAAAAAUGUUACCAAAUGCAGUUUUAUCAUUUGAUGUUUAAAAAUUGUCUUUAAUUUAAAAAACUGAUGAACACGACACUUAAUAAAAGUUGAAAAUCAGUG